AUGGAGAAAGGUCCUGGAAGUAGUUUUAUCUUGGAUAGAAAUAAUGAUCCAAAGCUUAUAGCUCUUAGAGGACAGGCCUAUCUAAAGAAAGAUCUCACUGAUGAAGCUUUGAAGAUUGCACAAGAGCUUCAGUUGGCACAUCCAGACCUGGCAGAAGCCCACUUCCUUGAAGGAUUGAUACAUUAUAGGCAAAAAGAAUAUCAUCAGGCAGAAAUGAGUUUUCAGAGAGCUAUAGCAAAAGAAGCUGAAAUAGCUGAAUUCCAUUUUUGGCUGGGCCUCACUUACUGGUUUAUGAAUGAGGAGACAAGAAAAGAUAAAUCAAAAGCCCUCACUCAAUUUCUGAAGGCAGCAAAACUGGACAAUUUCAUGGGAGAUGCUUUCCAUUAUUUAGGUCAAUAUUACAGAGAUGUAGCUGGAGAUAAAAACAGAGCUCUUGGCUGCUAUAAAAAGGCUUUUGAAAGAGAUAAAACAGAUGGUGUUACUGGAGCAGCAGUAGUGGACUUGAGCACUGAGCUUGGAGACUUGGAAACUGCCCUUGCCAUCUUGAAAGAGGUAACAGAACAAGCAAGUGCUGGGAGAGCAAAAUGGGCCUGGCUUCGCCGAGGACUUUAUUAUCUAAAAGUGGGACAACAUUCGCAAGCCGUGGCAGAUUUGCAGGCAGCUCUGCGAGCAGAUCCAAAGGACCCCAAUUGUUGGGAAGCUCUAGGAGAGGCCUAUCUAAGUCGAGGAGGCUACACAACAGCCCUGAAGUCAUUCCGAAAGGCAAGAGAACUGAACCCCAAGUCUAUAUAUAGUAUUUAUAAGGCUGCUGCAAUUGAGCAAAUUCUUGGGAAAUAUAAAGAGGCUAUUGCAGAAUAUCAGCAUAUUUUGGAGAAAUCAAAAGAUUAUGUCCCUGCACUGAAAGGUUUGGGAGAAUGUUAUCUCAUGAUGGCAAAGUCUGUUCUUGCUAACUAUCUGGAUGGGAAAGCUUUGGACUAUGUAGAAGAAUCACUUGAUUUUUUGGCACGGGCAGCAAAAUACCGUCCAGAAGUAUCCUGCCUUUGGAAGUUGCUUGGAGAUGCCUGUAAUUGUGUAUGUGUUAUUUCACCAUCCAAAGUGAAUGUAAAAGUUUCAGGUUUCCUUAUUGGCCAGAACAUGGAAAAAUGUGUGCUCCAAAAAAGUGAUCUGCUCAGUCUUGGGGGAAGAUGUUAUGGUCGAGGACUGAAACUGAUGUCUUCACCAAAUACAUG